AUGCUGUCCUCGGCCCGGCGCUGGCUGCACAGCAACAGGACCCCCCUCGCCAUUGGCGUAGGCGUCGUCGGCGCCGGCUACGUCGUCACCCAGUAUGUCCUCAACAAGAUCAGCGACGCCCGCGAGCGCAUGAGCAGCGAUCGCAUCGCGAAGGAAAACCUGCGCCGCCGAUUCCAGCAGAACCAAGAAGACUGUACCUUUACCGUCCUCGCUCUCCUCCCUACGGCCACGGCAAACAUCAUUUCCGCCCUCAACACGGAGCAGAUCACCAUCGCCGACACCACCUUGACCGACGAGGACGGCAAGAGCAUGGCCAGCAUGCAUAGCGAAAGCGGCAUCCACGCGAGCCAGAUUGCGACGCCCUCGCCCUUUGCGCCCGCCGGCGACGCGGCCAAGCAAGAUGGGGGCGUGCAAAAGACUCGCAAGACCAAGAGGCAACUCUGGGAUAGCCUGGCCAUCAGCGCCGUCACGAGGGCCUUUACCCUCGUCUACACCCUCGCCCUCCUCGCCAUGUUGACCAGGAUCCAGCUCAACCUCCUCGGCCGCCGCAGCUACCUGUCCAGCGUCGUUUCCCUCGCCACUGGCGCUCAACAGGCCACCAUUAGCCUCGAGAACAACGACGACGACAACACAGAGCAAGACUACGGCAACGAUUUUGACACGAACCGCAAGUACCUGACCUUUAGCUGGUGGCUGCUCAACAGGGGCUGGAUGGAGAUGAUGCACCGGGUCGAGAGCGCAGUGCGGACCGUAUUCGGGAGCCUGAGCCCCCGGGACCUGGUGAGCUUUGAGAGGUUCGGCGAGCUUACGAUGGAGGUGAGGAAGCUCGUCGAGGGAUCCACGCCCGAGGAGCGGAGGACGUCGGACUGGCUGAAGCUCAUGCUCCCGCCUCGGGACCAAGAAGCCGACGUCAUCCGCGAGUCGGGCAUCCUCGACGACAACUCGAUGCAGGGCGGCCUCUCUCAGCCGUCACCGGCCGCUCUGAGACGGCUGCUCGACGAGACUGCCGACCUCAUCGAGUCGCCCGCCUUUGCCCACGUCCUGACGCUCGUCCUCGACGCGGGAUUCUCCUUUCUCGUCGACACGAAGCUCGCCGCCGAAGCCUUUGACCUUCCCACCCAAGGAGCAGGCCAGGCUGCCGCCGCCGCGGCAGACGCAGGAGAGUCUAAGGUCAUCCUGCUGCCCAAGAUUCUCUCGGUGCUGACGCGCCAGGCGCAUGCCAUCGGGAGCGGCAUGCCCAACGAAUACCUCGAGCAGAUGGAGACGGUCCGGGCCGUCGAGGCCUUUGCCGCCGUCGUCUACUCGAGUAACUGGGAAAACGAGAUUCAAGGCGAUGGCCUUAUGAACAGCGCGGUGCAUGUGAGCACCGAGGGUGCGUCGUCGCAAGCCAAGAGCGGCGACCAGAGCCAGGGCGGCGACCAGAGCAUUGGCAUGGUCGAGCCACCCAGCAGGUUUGAGGGCGCAUGGGAGAGGGCGACUGAGAAGAGAUGA